CGGCGGGCGGACAGGGCGGGCGCGUGCAGCGCAGGCCGGGCGCGGAAGGCUGGGGCCCGCUGGCAGGUGCACACGAGGUAACUGGGCUUUGAUGCACCUUCAGGAAGUCUGCGCGCUCAAGGAGGCCACCCCCGCCGGCUGCUGCUCACAUGGUUUCUGGGCCCCUGGCACUCCGGUGGUGCCCGUGGGCAGGGCGCAGGGACAUGGGGCCAGACAUGGAGCUUCCCAGCCAUUCAAAACAGCUCCUGCUGCAGCUGAACCAGCAGAGGACCAAGGGCUUCCUGUGUGACGUCAUCAUCAUGGUGGACAACUCCAUCUUCCGGGCCCACAAGAAUGUCCUGGCUGCUAGCAGCAUCUACUUCAAGUCCCUGGUCCUGCACGAUAACCUCAUCAACCUAGACACAGACAUGGUCAGUUCCAGCGUGUUCCAGCAGAUACUGGACUUCAUCUACACGGGCAAGCUGCUGCCCAGCGACCAGCCGUCUGAGCCAAACUUCAGCACCCUCCUCACCGCCGCCAGCUACCUCCAGCUGCCCGAGUUGGCAGCCCUCUGCCGCCGUAAACUGAAGCGAGCUGGCAAGCCCUUUGGUCCUGGACGAGUGGGUACCGCUGGCAUGGGGCGACCAACCCGUAGUCAGCGGCUGUCCACAGCCUCUGUCAUCCAGGCUCAGUAUCCAGGGCUUGUAGAUGGGCACAAAGGACACCCUGCUCCCCAGGAGCUCCCUCAGGCCAAAGGUUCAGAUGAUGAGCUUUUUCUGGGUAGCUCCACCCAGGAGAGCACACAUGGCUUGGGCUUGGGGGCCUGCCCAGCUGGUGGGGAGGUGGGCUUGGGGGCCUGUAGCAACAGCACCAAUGGGAGUAGUGGGGGCUGUGAUCAGGAGCUAGGUCUGGACCUGUCCAAGAAGAGCCCACCCUUACCUCCCACAACCCCUGCCCCCCACCUCACUCCUGAGGACCCGGCCCAGCUGAGUGACAGCCAGCACGAGUCACCUGCACCCACUUCGGCCUCCGCCCUGCCUGUCGGCAACAGUGCCUCAUAUGUUGAGCUGGGGGCCACUCCUGAGGAGCCCAUGGAGCUAGGCCCGGAGGAGAACCACCUGGGUCUGCUGGAAGGCCAGGGCGGGCAGCCUCGCAAGAGCCUGCGGCAUUCUGCCCGCAAAAAAGAUUGGAACAAGAAGGAGCCCGUGGCUGGGUCCCCGUUUGAUCGGAGAGACACAGGAGCGAAGGGUCCCUGCCCAGGGGAGGAAGGCGAGGGGCCUGGGGACAAGGUUCCUAAUGGCGUGCUGGCCAGCGGUGUUGGUGGAGGCGGCCCCAGUGGGUCAUACGGGGAGCCGCCAUAUCCCUGCAAGGAGGAGGAGGAGAAUGGCAAAGAUGCAAGCGAGGACAGCGGGCAGAGCGGGAGCGAGGGGGGCAGCGGGCACACCGGGGCCCACUAUGUGUAUCGGCAGGAGGGCUACGAGACGGUGUCCUAUGGGGACAACCUCUACGUGUGCAUCCCCUGCGCCAAGGGCUUCCCCAGCUCCGAGCAGCUCAAUGCUCACGUGGAGACACACACGGAGGAGGAGCUCUUCAUCAAGGAAGAAGGGGCCUACGAGAACGAGACCGGCAGUGGGGGUGCAGAGGAGGAGGCUGAGGACCUGUCAACACCCAGCGCAGCCUACGCGGCCGAGCCGCGUCCUUUCAAGUGCUCGGUCUGUGAGAAGACCUACAAGGACCCAGCCACACUGCGGCAGCACGAGAAGACGCACUGGCUGACCCGGCCCUUCCCCUGCAACAUUUGCGGCAAGAUGUUCACACAGCGCGGCACUAUGACCCGCCACAUGCGGAGCCACCUGGGCCUGAAGCCCUUCGCGUGUGAUGAGUGUGGCAUGCGCUUCACCCGCCAGUACCGCCUCACAGAGCACAUGCGGGUGCACUCGGGCGAGAAGCCCUACGAGUGCCAGCUCUGUGGGGGCAAGUUCACCCAGCAGCGCAACCUCAUCAGCCACCUGCGCAUGCACACGUCCCCUUCCUAGAAGCCAAAGACCCGAGGGAGCCCUCUGCAGACCUGCCACUUGGGAACCCACAGAAGGAGGAGUGAGAAGCUUGGUGGUGGGAGGGUUGAGCCCCAAAGUCUGGCAAGAAGAUCCCGGCAGCCCCUCUGGCCCAGCCUCCCCACACCCAGAGCUUUAAUCAACCGCGUAC